AUGUUAAAAUUCCUUGAAAAUAGAGAUCCUCCUAGAUUUAAAAGAGGCUAAGAUUUUAUGCGUUUUGAAAGCAAUAGUCAUCUCCCUAAUAAUAAAUAAUUUAACAGUCCUCUUCAUUAGGAUGUACUUAUACACCAUGAUAAACCUCAAUAUUAUGUAACGAAAAAAUUGCCUCCUAUUUCUAUUUAUAAUCCAUUAGUUUAAUUGACAGACUAAGUGGAUAGACCAGAAUACAUUAUCAAAUAAAAAGAAGUUUAUAAUCCUCGUUAUAUGGAAGAAUAUUAAAAGAAGGGCUUCAGAAAAAAGCAAGGAAUUUUCGAAUCAUUCCAACACCUACUAAACAAAAACUAAAUUCUAAUUGAAGGAGUUCAUUCCGAUAAAAAACCUGUGUCAUUUCCUGUAAUAAAGGAGCAAUUCUAAAAGAUUUACAAAUCAUUGAAUUUAGAUAAAUAACAAUCCUCCAGGAGCUAAGAUAGCUCAAAAGUAGAUAAAAGCAAUUAAGACACUAGCAGAUCAUAUAUAAACAGUUAUGAUAAGAAUUUCAAUUCUCAUGUAUCACAAUAAAGUAAAUUAAGGACUGAAAAUAAGAGUAUUUAAGUAAGUUAAGAAAAAAUGAAUGUAUAGAAGAAAACUGAAUAAUCUAAAGAGUUUCAAUCAAAAAUAUUGCAUUCAUAUUUAAUUAGAUAAGAAGAAGAGGCGGAGAAAGAAAGGUAGAUGCGUUAAUUAAGUAUUUUUGAUAAGAAGAUCAAAGAACUUAGAAUUCAUUAAGACAAAUAUGGCAGGAGAAAAAUGACAAUUUAAAGGAAGUCUGAUUGA